AACCAACAAUUUUUGUUCGUGCAUGUUGCUUGUUGAUUUUAAUUUUUAAUUAAGAAAAUGGCAAAAAUUCCAAAACAUCUUGGAAAACCAAGAAAAUCGUUGACAAAAAAAUCACCAACAAGUACCAUUACUCCUUUGAAAUCACCAAAGGGUAUCAAAAAGACACCCCAAAAGUCUGUUCAAAAGAAUAGGAAAAAGGAGUUCACGGCCAAAAAUCUAGAUGAGUAUGAAGACUCCUCUGAUAAUUUGAAAAAAAGGAGCUCAAGAAGCAAAAAAACUGGUGGUAAUCUGAUAGACAAUGAAACAGGGAAAUCCAAGAAUGAUUCAAAACGUGUUGUUAGUUCUACAAAGAGAGACAGGUCAACAUCAAAUGAUGCUAUUUAUUUCCAACAAAUAGUUCAGUCAUCUGUUAAGAAUGUUCUUGAAAAAUAUGAAAUAAGCCUCACAGAUAUUAAGAGUGCAAUUGAAGGUGUUAUAAAAUUCCAUUCUGAGAAUCCAAAAAUAAAAAAUCAACUGUUCAAUGAGCGUUUCCCAAUAUCAAUAACAGUAAAUUGUACUAAAAUUCCUAGAGGACAUCCAAAAUUAUACAGAGUACCAUUGAAAAAUUCUCUUCUCACUGAUAGUGAUGAUAUAUGCCUGAUUGCUUCAGAGGUGAAAGGAAUAGGCAAUAAAGAACAUGAUAAGCAUGUUGAACACUAUGAGGAUUUGCUUGCUGCAAAAGGAGUUACAAAUAUCAAGAAAAUCAUGACCUUCCAUGAGUUGAGAACAGAACAUGAAACUUUCGAGCAAAAAUCCAGACUAGUAGACUUGUAUGAUAUGUUUUUAGUCUGUGGGAAAAUCAGUGGUAAAGUUGUGAAAAAAUGUGGCAAAAUAUUUUACAAAAAAAGGAAAGUUCCCAUUCCUGUAAAGCUACAGGCUAGUAAAUUGAAGAGCCACAUUGAUCAAUCAUUAUCAAAAAGUUUCUUUCAUUUGCACUUGAAAGGUGAUAGCUAUAAUCUUCAGUUUGGCCACAGUGAAAUGGAUACGAUGAAAAUAAUGGAAAACUUCUUGUCUGUUAUUGAGUUUUUGGACAAAAACUUUCCUGGAGGUUUUGAUAAUAUCAAAGGAUUGUUUGUUUAUGCUCCUAGAUCAACAUCUAUUCCAGUAUUUGUGUCUACAAAAUCAGCUAAAGAAAUAGGAAAAGUAAGCACAAACACUUCUAAAAAUCCUGUUAAAACAUGUAGAGGGGAAUUAACAACCUUGCCUGAUGCAGAAGUUAUAGUGAAACCUUCUGGGCAAGUUUUUGUCAAGAGGACAAUAGCUAGGAAGAUUGAAACAUCUGAUGAAAAAAUUACUGAUGAGGACAUCAUUCAAGCCAAUAAAGAAGAUAGUGAGAACAGAGACAUAGUAACUAAGAAGAAUACUAAAGUGAAGGGCACUACUAGUGAUAGUAAAGUUGCAAAAAAAAGAAAACCCAGUAAAGAAAUUAGUGAGGAUGUAAAAAGGAAAACUAAGAAGCAAAAAAUAAACACAGACCAAGGUGGAAAGAAAGCCUUCAAGUCAAAGGAUGAUAAGAAAAAGAAAAGGAAAGCUGGACCAAUUCAAUGAAAUACAAAAAUAUAUUAUAUAAUACUGUCAUUUUAAUAAAAACAACUCAUGGACAUUUUUGUUUCAUGAG